AUGUAUAGCAUUUUCGGUCAACUGCGAGGAACUACUCAGACAUACAGUACACAUCUAUAUGACAAUGCUUCCCAACAGUUCGCAGACUACCUCAAUUCUUUGGACAGAUCUACCAUUGUUCUAGUCCUGACACGUGGAGAUGCAAAAGCCAAGCUUCAGCAGAAUGCAAUCGAUGCUAUCAACAGUCUUGGAAGCACGAUGAUCACUCAGUAUGUCAAUCAGCCAGCCAAUAAUAGCUUUGUGAUUAUCUCUCGAACAAAUAGAUUGAGACCACUUGCAGAGGCCACAUCCAACGGCCAAACACACCCGUAUCUAGUCUCUUUCACACAUCUGUCAAAUGACGACUUUGGUAGUGAUUACAGUGAUGAUAUAACUACUUCAGUCCCAACACAACUACUAAAUGGAAUCGGUGAAACUACCAUCUCUGCAGGCUCAGCGAAUCCACGCACUGCACCCACUGGCACAUCGGACUUUUGUUAUACCUACAUCCAGUCAUAUCCAUCACAGAUCAGCCCACAGCAACAAGCUCAAUCAUUCGUCAUGAGUUCCAUCAGUGAAGACGCUGGCACAGCAUAUUUCACAACUGGAUACUCUCUCAACUCCCAAACAGCCAUAACAAAGAUGAUAGAUGAUAUUGGAAAUAUCCCCAUCGGCAACCUUGUUGUCAUUUGCUCCUCAACGCUCGACAGUGGUUUCAUAAUGCCCGACGAUCUUUCACUGGCCUUCACCACAAUUGGAUCACAGUUUUCCUACAACAUCACCUCGAACAGUUCAUUUGCCAUAAUUGGAAGGAAAGGCUCAGCACCAGGAUCCGUCGCUGAAUCCCUCAACAAUCAAGGUCCUGUUUCUGUCUACUCCAAUUUCAGAAAGAGCCCAAGAUUGUCAAGCCUUUCAUUGAUUCAGCGGUAA